CGCAGGGCACGCUGGGCAGCGCCGCUCGGCCCUCUGCUGCUCCUGCCUGCCGGUUGCUAGGAGCUGGGACGCGCCUCCCGAAGAGUGCAGGGCCGCAGGUUGCCUCCUCCGGGUGGGCCGCGCUGGGCCUGUGCCGAAGACCCCGCGGCUGCCCAGGCCUGUGAGGAGCGAUGGAGCCCGGGAAGAGAAGAACCAAAGAUGAUACCUGGAAAGCAGAUGACCUCAGAAAACAUCUUUGGGCCAUACAGUCAGGUGGUUCCAAGGAAGAAAAGCAGCACAGAGAGAAGAAGCUGCGUAAGGAGUCUGAGAUGGGCCUUCCUGAACACAAGGAGCCAAGGUGCAGGGAUCCCGACCUGGAUGCCAGGAGCAGAGACAGGGUGGCCGAAGUCCCGACCGCUAAGGAGAGUUCUCGUGGGGAGAGGGACAGAGACAGACAGAGGGAGAGGAGAAGAGACGCAAAAGACUGGGAGCAAGAAAAGCUGAAGGAGAAAUAUCGAGAGGCAGAGAAGUCUCACAGCAGAGGAAAGGACAGGGAAAAAGAAAAAGACAGAAGGGCCAGGAAGGAAGAGCUCCGGCAGACCAUGGCCCACCACACCCCGCUGGGCCAGGAGGCACGCGACCGGCAGCUCCAGCUCCUAGAGCGGGCAGAGAGGAAAGGCCGCUCAGUGAGUAAAGUAAGAAAUGAAGAGAAAGAUGAAGACUCUGAAAGAGGAGGAGAUGAAGAUAGAGAAAGAAGAUACCGAGAAAGAAAGCUGCAGUACGGAGACAGCAAAGACAACCCUCUCAAGUACUGGCUUUAUAAAGGAGAAGGUGAGAGGAGACAUAGGAAACCAAGAGAGCCAGAUCGAGACAAGAAACACCGGGAAAACAGCACAAGGGAAAGAAGAGAGAAAUAUUCAAAAGAGAAAAGUAGUGCAUUCACUGACAAAGAAGGCGAAGAAAGACGUAAAGAAAAGCGACACAAAGAAGGUCUUCAUUUGGAUGAGGAGAGGCACCGAAGCCACAUGGAUAGAAAAGAGAGAUUGGUGAAAGAAGAGCACAAGAAAAGAGAAUCCAAGAACGGUGAACACAGAAAUCGAGGUGCAAGCUCAAAAAGAGAUGGGACCAGCAGCCAGCAUGCCGAGAAUUUAGUAAGGAAUCAUGGAAAAGAUAAAGGUUCAAGACGGAAGCAUGGCCAUGAAGAAGGCUCAUCCGUGUGGUGGAAGCUGGGCCAGAGGCUGGGAGGCGAGGAAACUGUGGAAAUUGAACAGGAAGAAAUUGAUGCAGAAAAUGGUGGAGCUGAUGCAUAUACAGCCAGUUAUGAAGAUGAUUUUGAAGACUACGAAGAUGACUUUGAGGUUUGUGAUGGCGAUGACGAUGAAAGCAGUAAUGAACCUGAGUCAAGAGAAAAAAUUGAAGAACUCCCUCUAGCUCGAAAAAAGGAAAUACAGGAAAUUCAAAGAGCUAUUAUUGCAGAAAAUGAAAGGAUUGGAGAGUUAUCUUUGAAACUGUGUCAAAAGCAAGGUAGAAUAGAAUUUGAAAAGGAGCCAAGGACAGAUACAAACAGUUCCCGUUCCAGAGUCUCCGUUUGUGGAAUUUUUGUGGAUUUUGCCUCAGCUUCACACCGUCAAAAGAGUCGGACUCAGGCCCUUAAGCAAAAGAUGCGAAGUACAAAACUGCUUCGGCUUAUUGACUUAGAUUUUUCGUUUACUUUCUCUCUCUUGGAUCUACCACCAGUAAAUGAAUAUGACAUGUAUAUCAGAAACUUUGGGAAAAAAAAUACCAAGCAGGCAUAUGUUCAGUAUAAUGAAGAUAAUGUUGAAAGAGACAUUCAAACUGAGGAAAUCGAGACCAGGGAAGUGUGGACCCAGCAUCCGGGAGAAAGUACUGUUGUGUCUGGAGGCAGUGAGAAAAGAGACCCCUCUGAUGCUGUAGUUAUGCCGAAGAUCGAUACCCCAAGGUUAUGUAGCUUUCUGCGGGCGGCUUGUCAGGUGAUGGCCGUUUUGCUGGAAGAGGAUCGCUUGGCAGCUGAACCCAGCUGGAAUCUUAGGGCUCAAGAGAAGGCCCUGUGUUUUAGUGACAGUUCAUCUCAGCUGAACACUGGUCUGCCAUUCCUUCAGAAUCGAAAAGUAUCCUUGUUGCACACCUCCCGAGCUCAGCAGCAGAUAGUGGUCUCCUCUCAUGACCCACCUGAGAAGGCCUUUGCACCCCCACUGGACAGCAAAUAUAUCCUCUGUGUGUGGGAUAUUUGGCAGCCUUCAGGGCCACAGAAGGUUCUGAUAUGCGAGUCCCAGGUCACGUGUUGCUGCUUUAGCCCUUUUAAAGCAUUUUUACUGUUUGCUGGAACGGCACACGGCUCCGUUGUCAUCUGGGAUUUGAGAGAAGACUCAAGGCUACAUCACUCUGUGAAGCUUAACGAUGGUUUCUGGACGUUCCGGACAGCCACAUUUUCCACUGAUGGAAUCCUUACCUCAGUGAACCACCAAAGCCCUCUUCAAGCAAUAGAAUCUAUCUCAGCGUCUGUCCACAAAAAGCAGAGCUUUGUGCUUUCACCGUUUUCUACUCAAGAAGAAAUGUCAGGUUUGUCCUUCCACAUCGCUUCCUUGGAUGAGAGUGGGGUUCUCAACGUGUGGGUGGUUGUUGAAUUACCAAAGGCAGACAUCGCAGGCUCAAUAAGUGAAUUAGGUCUGAUGCCUGGAGGGAGGGUCAAGCUGGUGCAUAGUGCUCUGAUCCAGUUGGGUGACAGUCUUUCCCAUAAAGGUAAUGAAUUUGGGAGGACUACACAAACACUGAAUGUAAAAUUUCUGCCUUCAGAUCCUAAUCACUUUAUUGUUGGCACAGACAUGGGUCUCAUAACCCAUGGCACAAGACAAGAUUUGAGAGUGGCUCCCAAACUAUUCAAACCUCAGCAAUGUGGUAUAAGACCAGUAAAAGUUAAUGUCAUUGAUUUUUCACCAUUUGGAGAACCAGUAUUCUUGGCUUACGGAGAAAUUACACGAAUAGUUCAAAGGCUUCCUGCAUACCCUCUGGUGGGUUUCCUCCUCUCUGGUGGAGGACCUCCAGACCUACCACGUGGGCUUCCUUCUCUCUGGACGUUCAGAUAUUUUAACUGUCUGAGGGGAAGUUGCAAACACGAUACUCUAUCCCUAAACAGUUCAGCGUGCAUUUCCUAAAAGCAAGAAUAUCCCCAUAUAACUGUUGUGGUCACAGUCACCAGGAGGUUCACACUGGUACAAACCUGCUAUUGAAUCUGUAGAGUGAGGGAGAUCACAGGCAUGUUCCGAUAAUGUCCUUGUUAAGAAAAGUCAUGUCCCAGGCCCUGUGUCUCAUUCACUGGUUUGUCUCUUCAAAAUCCCUUGAUCUGGACAUCAAAGACUGAGUCCCUCCGUCUUUCAUGACCUUGACAUUUUUGAAGGGCACAGGCCAGUUAUUUUAUACAAUGUUCCUGAGUCUGAGCAUGUCUGAGGCUUCCAUCAGUCACGAUCAGGCACAGGUUUUUUGUGCUUGGCUGGAGUAGCUCAGGGUGAUGCAUGUCCUGGGGAGACCAGUGACAUCGGUUGGUGCCAUCCCACACAACACAAAUUCUGACCUUGUGGAGUUUCCUGGUUCCUUUCUGAUUAAGUGUCUCGUGGGGGGUUACGGUGACACUUUGUAAACGUCUCAAAACUCCUUAGAUUUUCACCACCAGUUUUGGCAUCCAUGGAUGAAUGUUUCUUGAAUUGAUUAUUAAGAUGAUUGGCAAAUAGUGAUUUUCCAACCCGCUGUUAAUUCUUCAUGUACUAGUUGGCUUUCUACCGUUAGGGGAGACUUUUCCUUUUCUCUAUGCAUGUAUGUGUCUUUUUAUUACAUGUUGUGGACAUGUGGCUUUUUACUUUAUUUAGUAGGUCACAAUUAUUUACUACCAGUAUUUAUUUUGCUGCUCAAAUGUUCUGGGUUAGGCCAGUGGGUGUCCUUUGCACUGGCUCUUUAUCCUUUGGACAUCAUCCUGUGAGCCCUGAACCAGCCACUUCUCCCAGGAGUUGUGGCUCUUAUGAGUGGAGAAAAGUAUCUAGAAACCAAGAUCUGGGCAGUAAGAAGUGUUUGAUGGCGCAGGUAGGUCCGUUAAGAGACAAAGCACAUGGAAUGCCCACUUCUAUCCAUAAACCACAUAUGCAGGCAUCACAUACUGUGAGUUUGCACCCUUGUCUCUAACUCCAGGUUAACAAACAGGGUCCCUCCAUCCUGCCUCCUCCCUGGCUGUGCCUACCUCUCAGACAGGGAAAUCUGGCCCUGUGUGUUGUUAGGAUGACUGAUUUGGAUCCGUUCACAUGCUCACUCCUGGAGUACACAGAGCUCUUCAAUGCCUGUGGGAAAGUAAGGCCGCUGAGCAGUCCGUGUUCUGGGUGCUGCCUGGGUUUCGGAUGUAAACUGCACCGUUGAACGAGGUGUUCAGAAAUUGUGUGGCCUGGUUCUUGCCCCUCCUUCCUGUAUGGUUAUGUUAUUUAUUUAGAAUAUAGGUUUUAAAAUUUGUUUAUAUUGCAUUUUAGAAUUUUACUCACAUUCUUAUUGAUGUUCUUUUUCUUUUUUUGAAUAUGGGAAAGAUCAAAUAUAUUGAGUAAAAUGAAUUAAUCUUCUCUUUAAAAGCUAAAAAUUUGGCCUUUUAUUUAACCAGUUGUUUGAUUUUAUGAAAAUUUCAAUCCAAGGGAAAUAUAUAUAACCAUAUUAUUGAUAUAAAUGUAUGUAGUUUUAUAAAAGGUGCCAUAUUUUCAUGGAACCAAUCUUAAUGGCCCACGCUUGAGCCACUGAUAUACAACUUUGUUGAAAAUAAAUACCUAUUUAUAUAUUCACUGAAUCUUUUGAUUAUUGACCAUGUUGGAAGAGAAACACAAAGUUUAUCAGUCAGGUGAGUGCUCACCUUUGUACCUUUUGAGGAGAGAUUCAAUGUUAUAAUUUUUUUAAGAUUUUACUUAUUUUUUUAAAAUUUAUUUAUUUUACUUUAGGUGCAUACUAUAUCUGGCAUUUCUCCCAUGUUAUUCCUCCUCACCCUCCCCUUCCUCCUGUUUGGAAAACAACAAGUUAGUGUUUUUGCAGUGACAAACUAAAGAAAGCGAAUGCUCUGAAAAAUUUCUCUGGCUGCUGAAAUCAAGUUAAAAAAAAGAGAAAAAAACAUGGCUGGGCAUGAUGGCUCACACCU